CAGUCUUUAAGAAUUUGAUUCUUUAAUUUGAGGAAAAAUCUUUGUCAGUACAGAACAAAACUGGUAACAGAAAAGUUAAAGAAGAAAUACAGUUUAAUAAGAUAUGGAAGAAAGACACAGAUCAGCUCUUCGAAGACAGCGUCCUCGCAUUUGUGAAGAUCUUGAUUUAGGAACAAAGUUUUAUGCUGAAUUGAUACAAGCAAAAAUCUUUAAAGAGGAUCAGAUUGAACAAAUAAAGGCACAAUCUACAACUCGUGACCAAGUAACCAAACUGUUGGACCUUCUACCAAAAAGAGGACCGGAUGCUUUUGAAAAGUUUGUAACACUUAUCAGAAAGGAUUAUUAUUGGCUUGCAGUUGAGCUAGAAAAAGACGCCAAAUUCCAAAGUAUUCAAAAAGUCUCAACUGGAAACCAAAUCAAACUAUUCCCUUCAAACAGUCAAGAGAAAGUGAGUGAGCCACCAGACAUGACUAACACUAACCUAACCAAUGCUGCUUUCAAUGGAACUGACAAGGUUACAAACAAAAAGUUUAAUGAUAGAUGUUCAAGCCCUAUUCAAAUAAUUGAAUCUAAAAGAGAAAUCAUGGCAAAGCAAACACAUAGUACAACUCAAACUGAAGAAAUGAAGGAAGGACUAUUUGCUAAUGCAGAUGACAAGGCCAUUAAUGAAGAUGCCUUAUCAAAACAACAAAGUCAUUCUGCAGAAUCUAUAAACAUUGAAUCCUUGGAUAAUGAUGAUGCUCUACCAUGGAAUAAACAGGUUCAAAUGGAGGCCAUGAAGCAAUUGUAUACAAAAGUUAUUGGCAUAACAUCCCAUAAUACAGAAAAUAUAGAAAGCAAAGAAGUUACAUGGGAACAUAUAAACUGUGAAAUUGACAAAUUGGCAGAAAAGUUGAGAAAUUCUGAUGAUUCAAAAAUGCUUAAUAUGUGCUAUGAAAUACUUCCCAAAGGAACUUCAAAACAACCACUGAAUCAAACAAUGAAAAGAUUGCUAGAAGAGAAAGAAAAUCUUCACAAAGAGGUUAAACAACUAGAAGAGACCUGUGAACAAUUAGAAAAAGAGAAUAAGAAGUAUAUUGAUGAUGUGUAUAAAAAAACCAACAAAAUAAGAGAGCUAAAGAAAGACAAAAAAGAACAUGAUAAAACACUCGACAAAAUUAAAGAAAAUUAUGAAACAUCAUUAGAUGCUAAGGAUAAGACAUGUAUGGAACAGAUAGAAGAAAAAAACAAGAAAAUUGCGGAUCUGGAAAAGAAAGUGGAGGAAAUUUUAGCACAAAAGCCCAGUCAGAAGGUCCAAAAUGUACCAUUGAGUUCAAAUCCCUUUAAAGAAGUUUCUACAAGAAAACCUGGAAGAACAAGGGCUCAAAGAUCUGGGUUAAUUUCUUCACAGGCAUAUACCCCAAAACAAACUUUCUGCAGGCAAAGAGAUGGUCAUAGUAAGAUUCCAAAAGUUAUGAAAAAAGUUAAUUUGUAAACAUGAAUGUCAGUCAAACAGUGAUUUUACUACACGGUUGAAUCAACAGAGGCUUAAAUCACUAAUAUACAUUUCUGAAACU